CAUUCACACGUGCUGUUAUCGAGAAACAGAGAAUUUAUUUAUUGUUAAAUUUACUCUUCAGUAUAAAUUAUAGUAAUAUAAUAAAUAUUUAAUUACACAAUACUUAUUAAACGGCCACAAAUUCAAAGUUCAUUAAUCAGGUAUUUCAACCGGUUAUCAAAAUUUAAAGGUUAUCUUAGUCAAUUAUGGCUUUUAAACACAAAAAAUCCAAUAAACUCAUUUUAUCAGACAAAAUCGCCGAUGCUCUAACCAUAAAACCGAGAGCUGAUAUAGAGGAUGAUCAAAUAUAUAAUACUAAGCCUAUCACAGUUUCACGAGAUGAUUUUAGCUCAUCUGGGGAGGAUGAGGCAGUAAUUAGCGAUUUUCGGAAGCAAAACGUUAAUCUUCUCAGUGAUAUUAACAAAAAAUAUGAAGGAAAGGUUGUAUCAAAAAGAGAUAUUGAAUCAGAAGUUUCAGAGUCAGAUAGUGAAGUGGAUCACGGUGAUACUAAUUCUGUAGGAGCAGCAAAUAAUGAAAUAUAUAAUAAUUUGUCCGUGAGUGAUGAUGUAAGUGAUGAUUAUAGCAUAACAAAGGUUAAAAAAAAUUAUAAACAGGAAGAGAGUGAUGUGUCUGAUAAAAGUGAUGAUGACACAGAUGAAGAUGAUGAUGAAAUAGAUGAUGAAUUUGAGAAUGAAGAAGAAGGUAUUGACAUUAGCCAGCUACAAGAACCUGUAAAAGAGGAAUUUGAACAUGUUAAAAAACAAAAUGUGUCUGAAGAGGCAAAAAAAGGUAUAUGUGUAAGAAAUCAACUGUUACUAUGGGAAGGUCUUCUAGAGAUGCGAAUUCAUUUGCAAAGAUGCAUGAAUACAGCAAAUAAAAUGCCUCUGCCGGACACAUAUGACAUGUUGAGAACAAAUAUUGAAUUCUCUGAGGAGAGCAGCAAUACAAUAUCAAAUGUCUCUUCUGUUUUGGAAAAAAUGUUAACUUUGCAGAAUAUUAUGUUUAUGAAGUUUCCAGAAACCAAAUCAAUAAAUCUAAAUCAAAAAAGAGGUACUAAAGAAAGCAGUGUACAACAAGAGAGUGAUGAAGAAAUACCUAGUGAUACUGAUAAUGAGGAAAUCCCAUCAGAUACUGAUGCUGAAGAUAAUGCUGAUGAAAAGCUAAAAGAAAGGUCACCAAUAAAGCAAUCAUCAAAGAAACAAAAGGUUGAUGAAUAUGAAAGUGAUAUUUCCACAUGUCAUAAAGCAUUCAAAUCCUACAGAGAUUCUACCAUACAAAAAUGGAAUGAAAAGACCAGGGUAGCUUCUGCUAUGAGUGUCAAGAAUGCUCCAACAAACACUGUCCUGCAGCAAAUCUCAUAUAUUCUCUCUGAUAUGAAUAAACUUAGAAAAAGAACACAACUUAAGCGUUCUGAUUAUGAUAUCAUAGGUUAUAAAAAAUUGGAAGAACACAAAGAACCGAUUGAUGAUGAACUAAAUGUAAUACAGAGUAGAAAAGAUGAUGAUGAGUAUAUUACAGAGAUUUUUGAUGAUAGUGAUUUUUAUCAUCAGUUACUCAGAGAGUUAAUUGAAUGUAAGUCAGCAGAUGUAACAGAUCCCAUACAAUUAAGUCGACAAUGGAUUGCGUUACAGCAAAUGAGGAGUAAAAUGAAAAGAAAAGUUGAUACAAAAGCAACUAAAGGCAGAAAAAUAAAAUAUGUUGUACAUAAUAAGUUGGUUAGUUUUAUGGCACCGGAGAAAUCAAAGAAAUGGACUGAUGAAAGUACAAGUGAAUUGUACAGUUCAUUGUUUGGAAAAAUGUUUGAACAAAACAAUGUUGGCUUAAAUAUUGAUUUACUUGAGAAGAAUUAAAACUUAUUAUUGAUAUUGA